AUUUAGUCAUUAAACCUCAUUGUUGAUUUUGUGAACUCCUGCAGGGCCUGGAGGUGCAGCUUGAGCAGAGGAGGAGUGACUGGACCUGCAGUCUGGAGCAGUUGGACCAGUACACAGACUCGCUGGAGAGGGAGCUUCUAAAGAUGGCUAGCAACAUGCGACGUUCUCGUACUGAGAUUUUGCAGCUGUCUGUCAAGGUACAAGAGCAGGAGAAUCAGAAGGAGCAGUUGCAAGAGGAACUUGACCGACUAAAGGCUCCGCUGGACAACAGAGCGGCCAGCAGCCAAACACCGGAUCACCUACAGCAGGUUGUGGAAGAGCUGGAUGGCCCCUCUCUUGAAUGGGAUGAGGAAUAUGUGUUGUCUGAGUCUCCACCUUUACAAGAGCUCGGGCCUGACCAGGAGAUGCUUCAGGAGCUCUGUUGUGAUGAAGAAGAACUACAGGCCCUGAAACAGGAGGAAGAGGAGGAGGUGGAACACACAGAGACUGUGGAGGACAAGGAGAAGAUAACGGAAAGGGCUGAGGGAGAAGGUGAAGUUUAGAAAUUCUGAAGAGGUUUCAAAGUUAGUGUCUGAAAUUGCAAGAUGGUGAAGGUUUUAUACUCAAAUGGUGUGUUUUUCUUCUCUAAAGAAGAACCUUUUUGGAUGUGAAUAAGUC